UCAUCGAAACUACGAGUCGUUUACAUAUUUUCUCUUUUAAAACGGGACACCUCGCGGAUGACGGUUAGGUCACAGUAAACUUUACAUAUCACUAUGACGUCUGUGUCGGUUUUUUGCUGUUUAAGAGGCUGUUUAGAUGGGUUUAGAUUUACUCCAAACGUACCCCACGUCCCGCGAGAAAACCCAAUACAAUUAGACACCGCUUUUAUGGGAUAUGAAGUUGUGAUAGUUAAAUCGGGACAAAGAUUAUGUGGCGCUGGCGCUGCUCUUGGUAAUGCGCCCCUGGUUCAAUCAAAAUCUUAUUUUGAGGUUAAAAUUCAACAGGGGGGGUCGUGGGCGGUCGGUUUAGCAACCAGACAAACGGAUUUAAGUUUAACUCAAGGUGGUAUGGAUGAAUUUUCUUGGUCGUUAUGUAGCGAUAACACUAUUAGGCACAAUAAACAGGAAUUGUAUAGAUUAGGUUCAAUAUUAAAUGGUACUUUAGCAAAUGGAGAUGCAGUGCAUAAAACGCCACAAGAAGGUGAUGUUGUGGGUGUUUCUUAUGAUCAUAUUCAAAUGAAAUUUUAUUUAAAUGGAAAUGAAAUUGAAUUUCCAAUAACUGGGGUUAAAGGAACUGUUUAUCCAGUUUUAUAUGUUGAUGAUGGUGCUAUAUUAGAUAUAGUUCUUGAAAACUUUAAUUACUCCACACCAGCAGGAUUUGAAAAAAUAAUGUUGGAACAAUCUCUUUUAUAAAAAUUAAAAAAAAAGUCAAAAAAGGUGGUAUAACAAAUUCUAUAUAUAUUUCUAAUUCUUCAGCAUUACAAGAAGAAAGAUUCUUAUAACAAAAAAGAAAAAUCCAUCCUUUUAUGUAACAAUAAUGUUAUUUCUGUUGUGAUAAUUCUGUAAGAUUUCCAUCCAAAGUUCUUAAUCUUAAUCCAGUGUUUCAGAUGGGUUCUAAUUAUGUAGCUUUAUUGUCCCGAAUAUCUACUUUUAAAUUUUAAGGUUAUUUAUUUGUAAUUGUAUUAAAUUUCGUUAGCUUGAUGCAAUUCCAAAACAGACAACUUGUUAGAGCGCCCUCUCUAUUUAAUAAUGUGUAAGUACUGUAAGAUUGUAUAUUAUCUGUGUAAAAAAUAACAGAAAAAAAAUUCAUUAUUAUUUAUAAUUGAAAUGUUUAAAUAUAAAUUUAUAAUCACACUUUAAACUAUUUGAAAAAAAUGAUAUUUGCUUUUGUGGACAGAUUUAAUAAGAACAAAAACUAUUUUAUGUACCUAAUGUACAAGAAAUAUUAUAUAUUUUAAUUAAACUGGUCCUAUCACACAA